CUAUGUGGCUCCUUGGAUACAGGUUACUGUGGAUGGUGAGGUGAGUUGGCGCUGGGCUCAGAGCCCGGACGCGGCAGUGCAUCCAGAUGCAGAAGCAACAUGGACAUAAGUACGAGGGGGUGGGAGCACCGAAGCCCCCGUGGCGGAUUAGCCUGGCCGGCCGGAAAACGGGCUUGUACCGGCCUGACCUGCCCACUUUACGCCGCAUGAACAUGGACGAUGAAGCCAGCAAACUGCCCAACGAGCACUGCAGGAACACCACCACAUGCACCGCAGAUGAUUUUGCAAACUCUUCCUUUACCCUGUUUGACCAUCCAAAACAAACCCAUGCAGCAUUGUUAUUUAACUAUGCUGGAGGAUCACUGACUGUAAGCGACAAAUUUUCUCCUGAUCGAAAGCGAUAUACGAUUCCCAGCAUUCAUAUUGAGAAACCUUGGAGCCACUACAAGCCUUUGAUCACUAAGGCCUCAAAGGAUUGGUCUCAAUUUGUCUCAGAGUGUGGGGAAUUUGUGCUUCCCAAAAGGGACUUCAAUGAUGUACACUUCUCUGGUUAUGCAGUCAGAUAUUUGAAACCCAACAUUACCCAGUCCUGGAAGUAUCACCUUCAUUCAGAGCCAUCGGUUUCCAAAUAUGAUCAGAAACCUAUCCCGUAUGAAACUUGGAACCGAUACAGAAGGUUAUCCAGUCCAUUCAGCCGUACUUCCUUCCAGCAACCUUGGUACUAGAGCACAUCGUGGGUUCAGAAACAAUGAGCAGAAAUUAUCAUCGUGGAAUCUGUUACUAGAUUUGCUGCAGCAAUAGGAGCUGAUAAAAUAAUUUCAUAUAAGUAAACAAUUCUCAUUCAAUAUUAAAAGCAUAUUUUAUUUUUCAAUUAGUAAACUCUAUGGAAGUGACCUGGUACUGGUGCUUUUCUUUAUUGAUCAUGCUUUCCUGUAACUUGCUGAUAUCUAAUACACUUAUAAUGUCACCUGCCUCAAAUUCUUACGUCAGCCACAUUCUGCAUUUUGGGCUCAAGGCAGAACACAAUUCUUUUUCACUCAUCACGCAGUACAUCACGUUGAAGGAUCAUUACAUUAUAUCACAAACUGUGAUAGGUUAUAUGUUUUAUGAUUGUAUUAAAGAUUCUGGAACCAAGGUGGGCAGACGAAGUUAAGAUACAGUGCAGCCAUGUCUAACUGAAUGCCAGAACACAUUUCAGACGUUAAAUUGUCGAGUGAUUUCUGUUUUCUAUUAUUUCCUGCCUGUGUUAUAAAUGUUUAACAUCUGAAGAGACAGUUAU